AUGCAUUACUCAUCCGUGACCUUCAUCCUCCCCGUGGCCCUUAGCUUGGCUGGGUCCGUGGCAGCGUUUGCCAUGCCAUCACCACAGGACUUCUCGAGCUCGAGCUGCAACCAAUGUCUUGCGCUCGCCAAUGUCGCGGACACGUGUGGCUGGAGCGUAACUUCGACCUCUGUACCAACGAUAAGCCAGACCACGUGCAUGUGCAACCUUGAUGGCUUCAUAAAGAACUACAAAGACUGCAUGUCCUGCAUGGUUAGCACCGGCGUUAUGGACGCCUCCAGUGCCGCAACAUACAGCACUGCUGUCGUGGAUGGGUGCGAUACCCUCACUGGCGGCGGAACCUCAACUUCCGGCUCUGGCUCUAGCAGUAGUACCUCCACCGGCAGCUCAUCCUCCUCCACCUCCUCAUCAUCCGGAGGGUCAACGUCAACGGGCACUGGAACUGGUACCUCUUCCGGAAACUCAAACAGCAAUGGGAACGGCGUGCUCGGCCAGAGCGGCGCCGGUGCGUUGUCCGCCGGCUCUGGACAGUUUGUCCUCGGUGCUGUUGCAGCCGCUGGGGUUGCGUUCUACGCUCUGUAG